CUAGGCCUACAUGGAUAACGCCAUUGUGUAUGUUUGUGGAUAUAGUUUUUGUACUUUUUGAAAUUAAUAGGACUAAAUGAUGACAGUGCAUUAACAUUUUGUGUGCUUCAGAAAUGGAUUAACAUCUGGAGUAGAUAUAUGUAUGUCUGGUCAUGUCGUGAAAUUGUACAGUGCUGACCAGCAUGCCGCUGCCAAAACGCGUGGUGGAGCCUGUGCAUGUUGCACGAGGCACCAUACCAGAAGAUUUUCCCCUUCCGUCAGAAUUGGAGGCAGCCACUAAUGGUACGCUGGCCAACACGGUGCGGCAGUUGUCAAGCUUGAGUCGCCAUGCCGAAGAUCUGUUCGGAGAAUUAGCACGAGAAGCGCAUGGCUUGACUGCCAGAGCAAAUUCUCUGCAGACUCGCAUUGAUCGUUUAGCUGUGAAAGUUACUCAGCUUGACAGUAAUGUUGAAGAAGUUUCUCUACAAGAUAUUCAUAUGAGAAAAGCGUUCAAGAGCUCAGUAGUAUUUGACCAACAAGUAGUUUCACGUGAUACCAUGCCUACUGCCAUGCUUGAAACAUACCAAACUUGUGAUAAACCACCACCACUGGACAAAUUGAAUUCAUACAGGGAGGAUGGUAAAGAUGGUUUAAAAUUUUAUACUGAUGCCAAUUACUUCUUUGACCUGUGGCGACAAGAGAUGCUCAAAGAUACAGAAAGAAUGAUGCAUGAUCGAGGGAAAAAGCCAUUGCUGUUGGGGGGUUCAUACUAUGAGCCUCACCGUCCGCGCAAUGAAGGAGGAGGUGGUCGGCAUAAGAAGCGAGUGCGGCAACCACACAAUACAAGGGAAAGACAGCGGCAGUUGGCGGUGGGGCACGGGGAGUAUAUAAUGCCACAGAACAUUCAUUAUAGAACACCACAGCCUGUUCAGCAGCCUGAUGAAACACUUCUAACCAUGGGAAUGGGGAUGUUGGAACCUCGGCCACCAAGACCGAACAGCAUUGAAUUGCGCCGAAGUUAUCCUGACCAAGUUGACUCGGUUUACAGUAGUAACUCUGGAGUUUACAGCCCACGACAUGCUCAAAGCCCUACAGAAUCCCAUUAUAGAGCCAAUUAUCCUGUGGGCUGUGAAGAAUCUCUUUAUCAGCAGCACUAUGCACAGGGUCAACCUGUAGCUGGGGACAGUUACCCUACGCCAAACAAUCAUACUCCUAGUCGUAGCAAUGGAACACGGGCCACCUCGCAGCGCCCUUCGCAGCCACCACCUGCUCCACCUAGUACCAACAACUCCAGCAAUAGUACACCAACUGUAUCAUCUACCACAAAUACACCAACUCGAGGACGGAGCAUGAGCGCUGGAAGGGAAACCCUGCCUCCACCACCUCCUCCACCUGUUGAAACUGUUGGUUCCCCACCUGGCAUAAAUGGACCAUUGCCUUCCCAUCUACGAGCCAGGAGUAGGAGUGGCAGUCGAUCGGGAAGUCCUCUUCCUGCCUCAACCCAUUCGACACCUACCCCACCCUCAAAUCACAACACUCCACAUUAUCAGUCUUUGAGCAGAGAUAAUACUCCUGAACCUCAACAGCAGCCUCAGACAGACUUGCCCCCUCCGCCCCCUACUCCAGAUCAGCAGCAGACUGCACCAUCUCCACCACCAACCCUCACAGCCCAACAGCGUUCCACCUCUCCUCCAUGCAACAUUCCUCCCCCUCCUCCACCACCGCCCCCUCCACCAAUGACUCUGCCUAAUGGUCCAUUGUCACAACCUGCACCUCCUGUACCUAUAUCUCCACCACUUGUGAAUGGUGACGUGGGCAAGUCACCAUUGAAACAAAUAAUAUCCACAUCACCACCAAAACAUUCUCCUCCAAAGACAGAGAAUCCUGUUCGUAAUAAACCGGCCAAUCCACCAGCGCCUGCCUUUGAUCCAAGGAGUGAUCUGCUCAAGGCUAUCCGUGAUGGAAUUAAGCUAAGGAAGGUUGAGAAAAAUGAACAGAAGGAAGUUGAACGUGUGAAUGCAUUGCAUGAUGUUGCAUCCAUCUUGGCUCGUCGAGUGGCUGUUGAAUUUUCCGAUUCAGAUUCAGCAUCUGAGAGUGAAUAUGAUAGUGAGGGUUGGGGUGAACAGGAGACGAGUGCGUGACAUCAGGGCCCUGACAGUGGGCAUUCAAGUCAUACUGAUGGGCAGUCCCAGGAAAUGAGCCAGGAAGCAGAGUGUGAGUAAGGUCGGAAGGAAUAGUGAGUGCUUGUGUAGUGGUUGAUGUAGGGUGAAAAGCAGCCAACUAGCAUUCGGCACACACUUGAAUUUAGUAAUUUAAAUAAAUUGAAACAGUGAAACAAAUUUUACAUUUUAACAGUUGUUCGGGAUUUGGGUACAUAAUAUGUAACAUGACUCUUUUGGAACAGUCUUCAUUAGCAUCCAGCAAGGCUUUGACUGGUCAGCACACCACUAUAAAAUAUUUCCAAACUAAGAUGAUUCUGCUUACAGAACAACAGAAAAUAGUGUGACAUGAAAAAUCAGAAUUAGAUAUGUAAUGAAAUUAGAUGUUGACUGAAGCCUAACAUAUAUUAUAAUAGCUUCAAUGGUGUUUCUAUUUAUCUGUACUUUGGAUCACACCUUAACCAUCUGUGGAUCUUAAUUUUAUAAUAGUAUUUGUUGAUAGGGAAGUCUUUAGCAUUCAUUUAGGGACAGUGUCAUUGAAACUUUGGUUCCCCCUAGACAACGCGGUUAUCCCUCGGCUUUACCAUUGCCCUCACGCGGAAGUGAUUAACCUAGGUCAGGGUUGGAGGAUGAGUAAUUAAGUUGAAACAAAGAAGUGAUAGAUUUUAAAAGACAAUACAAAGUAACUAUAUAAGGAAUUAGGGCUUUGAUUAAUGGAUUGCUUUUAUGUGCUGGGAUAUUUUUUGAGGCUAUCAGAAUUCAAGUGUGUGAUAGUGGAGGUGUGAAGCCCAAAAUAUAGUCUCCACGUGUCGCCCAGCAAUCUGUGCAGUUGACUGGUGCAGUUCUCUAUCAAUAGUGAAGUGUACGUAUAACACAACAUGUGCAUUGAAUAUAAACGAAAACAGUCAUAUUGUUUUUUUAAUAUAUACUAACUUAAUAAUUUUCUAAAAUAGUUUGAGUCUUCUUUGCUUUAUCUGAUAUGUUGCAUUGUCAGUACAAUAUACAAACAUUUUUUGAAACAUGAUAGCAAAAGUAUCAAAACCAUUUGUCUGAUGCUCGUAAAUGAGACACAUUUUAUUGUAUAGAUCAGUAGAAUGAGAAGUGAAACAAUAUAAAAGUUAUGCCACAUAAUUAAAUUUGUAAUGAAAGACAUCGUAAAUAAUUAAAUAAUUUGUUGUGUGGUAAAUGGUGUAAGGUUUGUAGUUACCUGAUACACUGUCAGUUAUUAUCUGCCCAGUUCCAUUUUAUAUUUCAUUAAAUCUUUGAUCCAUUGAAUAUGUAUAAUUGUGGGUGGGUAACACCAAAGGUCUGAGGAUUGACUAUUUCCAUGUGUACAUAUGUUUUUAUUCCUCAUGUAACCAUAGUCUUGGGUCCUGUCAUGUAUGAGCCUCUUGCCUGCUGCUGGCCUGCGGGGAAGUUGCACAUCGUAAAGUAUGAGGACUUCAGAUACAGUUUUCCAAUGAAUUUGCUAGCCUAUUGUAAAUGUAAGGGUCUUGUUGUUGGCAAGCAUUUAUAUGAUUUAGUUAUUAUUAUAAUAAUAACAAUAUAAUGAUGCCAGCUGUACAAAAAGUUGCCAAGUGCUUGGUGUGCAAGGUACAGUAUAUGAUCUCUAUGUGAAAAGGGUCCAUUUUGUUUAUCAGUCUUUGUACACAAUAUUUUGUUCCUCUUAAAGAGUGUCAUGAGUUUGUGCCGUAUGUGAAUUCCAUGGUUUGUAAAAUGUCUAAAAGAAUCUGUAUGGAUAAGAGUAUUAAAAACAUCAUGCUUUAUGUUAAAUUCAAUCUUAUACUUGAACUGAUUUUCAAAUUGGGGGAAAAAAUGCUCAUUUUCGUGGUUAGUUUGUUCGUGUAUGAUAAGUGUAUUAUUUGAUGGACAGUUCAGUGUGCAUUUACAAUGGCCCCUUUUCUUGUAGAAUGGCAUGUUGUGUGUUGGAUUCUAGUUAGAGGGUGUUACUCUCCUGUGUUGUAUUUACUUCCAUUGUACAGUGCCGGGACUUCUUGUCACAGUAUUUCCAGGGAAUUUGUAUAACAAUAUUGAUAAUGUAUUGUAUAAUGUAGGUAUAUUAUUUUUAUUUUUUCUUAUAUCUGUAAACUUUGUUGGAAUUCAUGUGAAAUAUGAACUGUUUCUUGUGAUGAUAGAGCAGAGUACAGUAUAUAUGGAACAUUUACCACAUGUGUGACCUAGUGAUUUGUGAAUCGUGCUUUCUGCUGAAGUUUGUUAUAUAAUACAGUACGCUAUAUAGAAGUAGUCAACCUGUACAGAGCUGAAAGCCAUUUUCACUGAAACUGAAUUAAUUUUGAGGUUAGUUUUGUUACAGUAUUUGAAACAAAUAGACCUCACUAUUUGUUGGGGUUGGGUCAGUUUUAGAUUUUAUGGAUGGUUAUACUUGCUUUCAGCUUCACAGUAUACCUAAUCUUGGUGAUGACGGUAAGACACUGCUGUUUUAAUUGCAAUGUAUUCUGCUGGUUAUCCCCAUGAGUACUGGAUUGACCACCUUGUUGGAAUUCUACAAUUUUGAGUAUAGGAAUCAGUUUGAUGUGUUCAAAUAAUAUUGUUAAUUGUGGAGCAUACAGUUAUUAAUUUAAAUUUAAAAGAAAUAAAAUAGUUUUGGAUAGACAGAACAGGUACUGGCAUAAUUGCACCACACAACACACACACACACAUGCGCAGAAGUUGAUUUGAUCUUCUCAUCAGUGGAUAUCGCAUCUCCACGUAGUUCUGAAGUCGUAGUAGUGAAUCAAAGUCUGGUUAAUUUCUUUUUGUAUGGGUGCCUAGAUUUCUUUCAUCUGCUUUGGUUAAUAGCAAAAAUGAUAAGUAUAAGCUUGUGAUUUUGAAAUUUGGUUUUGGCAUGUGUUAUGUCUGUAAUUUUGAAGAAAAAAAACAUUUUGUAUAAAGUAGGUGUUCUCAUGAUCUUUUAAAUUCUAGUCUGUUUAAGCAAGCAUAUGUUAGUGUACUUAUAUUGCUUAAAAUGUAUCCUAAAACUUUUGUCCACUCGUUUUAGAGAAUUGUAUUGUCAGUUGGGCAUGUUUUAAUAAUUGUUAGUUAUGACAAUCAGUUCAGUUAAAAGUUAUCUGCUGAAACAAUUACAUAAUGCCUGUCAGACAAUUUAGCAUCCUUUUCAUUUAAAAAUGAAAUUUCUGCCAUUCAUAGUGUGCAGAAGGAAUUUUCACUAGUGUAUGAAAUUUAAUUAAUUAAUUGGUUCAGUACAAACUAUUUAUCCGUAAAAUCUGAAGCAUAACUUGUAUGUCUGGUUCUUGUGAUGUUAAGUACACGUACAUUUCAAGGUAGUUUAUUGAAUUUCAUAAGGACAUGAUAGGGGACAUGAGUGGAAUUUACUUAAAAAAACUUAAUAUGAAAUUGAAUUGAAUUUUGCUAAAGAUUGCUACACUUUGUUAACUAUUGAUGAUGCACGGUGAAAGUUCUCUUCUCCCACAUUAUUUAGUGCUUAGUCACAUGUCUUGUUCACUACAUCCAUGCUCACAUGUUUCACUCCUCUUAAAAGCAGGAGUUGGUGCUUCGCAGACAGUGGAGAAGACUUUAUAUAUUAAUUAAAUUUGAUUCACAGUAUGAACAGUACACAUAUCACUAAAACUGUUACCUGUCUCUUCUAUCUCUCUCUCUCUUUUUUUCCCCAUACUAAAAAUUUAUUUUAGUUUUGCCUGGUGCUAAGGUAGAAAAUGUUUAUAGGAAGUGAGAUAAAUUUAAUUUGUCUAUUUUAAUUUUAAUAACCCAAAAGAUUGUAUAUUAACCGAUCAGAAGAAAGUGGUUGGGAAGAUGUCUGAGAAUACGGAAAGGUCAUCUAGGUCCAAUAUGAGGAAGGGUAAAGAUGUAGGUCUGAGUGUAACACCUUCUGUUAAUGAUUUGGUGAGCUAUGUUUUGUUUUAAAUGUUUCUUUGUUAGUAUCUUGAGUCCAUUCUGCAGUUUUUCUCACAUUAAUAAUUUGGAACAUGUUAAAUUUUGUGUUGGGUGUGUGUUUCUGAAAUGUUUUAUAUGGUAAGUUGUCAGAUAACAAGUUCCUGAUUAUCUUCAGAAAUUACUUUCCUUUCAUUGUAAGAAGAGGGACUGAUUCUUUUUUUUUUUUUUUUAACAGGGGUAAAGUAUAAAUAUGGGGUGGAUUGUCAAUUUGAAUGUCUCCCAUUAUCAGUGUUUUAAAUAAAAUUGGAAGGAAUGGGUUGAUAAAUAUACCAGUUAUGUUUCUAAAAUGUUUAUUCUGUGGCAUGAGUCUCUUAGAUAUGUUGUUUAAUUCCUUAAAGUUAUAUCAGCAGUCUAGAUAGUUGCAUAAACAAUUUCUUAAGAAAGUCUGUUCUUUUUUUGCAGUUUUUAAGAAGAAUAUACAUCCUAAUAUUUCCCCAGUGCCCAUGCAUUCCAAAAGAUAUAAAACUUUAUUCUCAAGUCUAACCACUCAAAUUUUUGUAUCGUGUUGUGAUAAUACUCAUUGUCAAGAAUGCUUAUUAGUGGAAUGUAAUUUCAUCUGAUAUUGAGGUAAUAAUGGUUCUGUAAUCUUUUAAUAUAUUUCAUAUACCAUGUUUCCACACCUGCUGUAGUUUGGUAAAUAUAAACACUAGCAAAUGAUGAAGUUUACUGUAAUAGCUAAGGCUAAGUUGACCAUUUCCCAUACAUCCAGAACUAGUGAUUUAAUAGUUUUGUCAGUGUUUAUUUCCCUCCUGUCUAUUACUUCCCCCCCCCCCAUUUGCAUCACCUGCUCUCAUCAUCGGUGUUAAUCAUAAAAAACGUGCAAGUUUAUCAGAAAUUAUUAAAUGUUAAAUGUUGGUACUUAAAAUAGGAUUUCUGGAAAAAAUUGGAAUAGAUUUGAAGAUUUCUGUCUUCUGGGUUGUUGCGCUGUAUAGUCUGGUCAAUGUUAACCAACGUUUCAGAGGUCAUACUGCCUCCGUCAUCAGGACGAUUCAUCGACCAGACUACACAGCGCAACAACCCAGAAGACAGAAAUCUUCAUACUCACCACCGUGAAAACCUCAAAUCUUACAUGGAACAGAUUUAUUUUUGUAGGCUUUCAGAUCAACUGGAACAAUCCAUAAAUAUCUGAGCAGUGAUUACAGCUUCCCUUCACUUUUCAGUUGUCCCUUUAUUUAUUAUACAUGCCAGUUUAGUCACACCAAUUGCAGUGAGGAACAGAGUUUUAAAUCAAUAGAAAUUAUUAUAUUGUGAGUGUAGAACAAACUGUAUUGUGUGAGUAAACUCUGAAUUCCAUCGCACAUGCAGUUUCGAAAUGUGAAUCAUAAAAGGGGCUUUAUAAGAAUAAAAAAUAAGAUUCCUGUCUUCUGGGUUGUUGCGCUGUGUAGUAGCAACAACCCAGAAGACAGGAAUCUUCAUACUCACUGCUGUGAAAACCUCAAAUCUUACAUAAUUAAAAAAUAAACUUCGAACUUCUGUGCUCGAAAGAAGUUCAUAGCGCUAAUAAUAUUUGAGUUUGAGUAAGUAUGUGUUAGAAACAAUUUUUUUAGUAUGGUCUUGUGAAAACUAUAAUCCCAUUGUAGACAAAUUUGAAAUGAAAUUGAUUUAAUAAAUAUUUCAGGAUCAAGACUAGGAAGGAACUUCAGAUAAAAAUCAUUUUACCAGUCACCCAUCUCACAUCAUUUACGAAGUAAUAGAGAAAACAUGGGAAAUAAUAUUGAUAAUUUUCCGAAGUGCAAGAAAUGUCGUUUAUAUAGGGGAAGAGAGUCGCUGUGUCUGUGGAAUAUUCUGGUUUUCCUCUGUCUUUCUAUGUGUGACAGUUCCACUAAUCUGUUGAGGACAUCACAGCAUGAAUAUCAAACUUAAUUCUGUGGUUGGAUAGUUCUGUGUUUAAGUUAACAUCAUGUUGAAACAGGUAGUUUCAUUAUGAUACAUAAUUUCCAUGUUAAUGCACUAGCGUGCUAAUAAGUGUCCCAUUAUGUCAUUAAAUUAACCAGUGAUACGCCCUGAUAGAGGUCAAAAUUUUUUCCGAAACGAAACUCUGUUACUGUACUAGUUCUGUGUCGCAAGUCACAGUUUACGAAUAAUAAUUGCUGGAUCAGAUAUUUUUCACACUUUGAAAUGCUUAUUUCGAGAUACUCUCUUGUUUAUGUUAUUGCUUCUGUACUUUUUCUUCGGAAUAAUUUUUUUCCCCCAAUUACAUUUUUUUAUUUUGUUUUUCCAGCACAUUCAUGCUAUUGAUAUUUCCAUCUCAGAUAAUUUGAUUGAUUUAUUUAUUUCUUUAGAAAUUUGUUAUCACGUUUCAGAUAUAUCCAUGGAUGACCGAAAUAAAUUUAACUUGUGUGACUAAACUUUCUUUUAUAGUAAAGGAAGUAAUUAUGAAACUCACCUUAUAUUAUGCUUGAAAUAUUAUUAAUAUAUUUUCUUUUAAAAAUUAACAUUUUAUGUACAUAGUACAUCCAAGUCCAAAUGACAUUUCACAUAUAAAAAAUUACGAUUGUGUCAUUUAAUCUUUUGCUUGGUGAAGGGUGGUGCAGUUGGUAUAUGAACCAAAAUGUGAUAUUUCAAAAUAUUAAGUUCGUGUUUUGAUUGCCAAUCUUGGUUUAAAUUAGGAAAAACUAUUACAGAAAUACCUUUCACCUUGGAAUUGUGUUGCUGUUGAUUGAGAUUUAUAGUGUCUUGGUGCUGAAACUGAAAGCAAGUAUAUACAUUGACAGCUCUGGGCUGUGAGCUUUCAGUUUGUGGUGUGUCUGUGGCUUCAACAAUGAAGUGCAUUGGCUUCUUCAGGGGUAGAUUGUAAACGUGUGCAUGCAUUGUGUACUCUUUUAAUGGCAGUGUUAUAACAUCUCAUCAGAAAUAAAGCAAAGUAUUUCCUGAUUCCAUAA